AUGGGGCUGCCUGAUAUUACGGUGGCUGCUUGGACCGGAUCGCCCCAGUCCUUCCUAGAUAGCGAACCGGCGCCCGCCAGCGUGUAUCCUAAGGGGCAGGUAUCUAGGGCUGACGAAGAUGUAUAUUUAGCAUGGCGCCCCUUUGGCUAUAUUGCCAAAGAGCUCCUCGAGCCAGAUCUUUGGCCUUGGCUUGACCACAGCUGUAUGAAGGAAUACUCCCACUGGGUCUGGUACAUCAAAAAGGGAAAUGAUAUCCUUCGCGAUGUCCAGCUGGGUUUUCGCCGCGAUACCGACAGAUUCGUCCCAGAUGUCCCGGACCGCUUGAAGAUGUACUCUGCGCGUCGAAGGGCCGGGCACGAUAGCGUCAUCAAAUUGGAGCCAUCGAGAAAGUCCACACUUCGCAUGAUAAACUCCUGUGUAGAGGAUACCCCGGGUUCUCACAAACAAAACUCCCACCCUGUACAGUAA